UCGAAGAUAUCCAAAUCAAUAAAAUUAGUACGAUUAUAGUAAAUAUUGAAUACUCAAUUAACUGACUUUUAUUUUUUCCAUUUUUUUGGUCCCCGCCUUCUUACCAGUAGAAAAAAAGUGACCAAAUAUUAUAUAAAGCCAUGGGUUCUCUUCAUUUCCUUAUCUCCUCAUAACUCAUUACCCCUAGUUGUUAAGCUUUCCCUUCUUUGAUUUCUUCAACUUUUGUUUUAUUGUUGUUGUUUUUCAAUCAAUGGAUUCUGAACUUUCCUUGUGGUUUUGCUCCAUGUGCAGUGCUUUCUGCUUCAUGUUCUUCUCUUUCACCCUCAUGUUUUCUUUGUUUUCAUUGUUGAUCUUAGUUUUGAGGUUGAAGCUCUGGUGUAAUUGUGAAAUCUGCCAGGCUUUUCUCACUUCGAGUUGGACCAAAGAAUUCGAUAAUCUUUCUGAUUGGUACACUCACCUUCUUAAAAACUCUUCCACCGGAACGAUCCAUAUCCAUGUUCUUGGCAAUAUCAUCACUGCAAACCCUGAAAAUGUGGAGCACAUUCUCAAAACCAGGUUUGAAAACUACCCAAAAGGGAAACCCUUCUCUGCUCUUCUUGGUGAUCUUCUUGGUAGAGGUAUUUUCAAUGUUGAUGGUGAUUCAUGGAAGUUUCAAAGGAAAAUGGCCAGCCUUGAGCUUGGUAGCAUCUCCAUAAGAGCGCACGCGUUUGAUAUUGUCAAGUCCGAGAUUCAAUCCAGGCUUAUCCCUCUUUUAUCAUCAGUUUCUGGUAAAGAACAAGUUUUAGAUUUACAAGACGUGUUUAGAAGAUUUUCAUUCGAUAAUAUCUGCAAAUUCUCCUUCGGGUUAGACCCUGGUUGCCUCAAUUUAUCACUACCCAUUUCAGAAUUUGCUGAAGCUUUUGAUUUAGCAUCUAAAUUAUCGGCACAAAGAGCGGUGGCAUCUUCACCUUUGAUAUGGAAAGUCAAAAGGCUAUUGAAUUUGGGCACGGAAAAGCAGCUCAAAGAAGCUAUUAAAAUGGUGGAUGAAUUCGCUCAAGAGAUGAUUAAUCAACGGCGAGAAAAGGGCUUUCCAGACAGUAACGAUCUUUUGUCAAGAUUCAUGGGCACAAUCAAUGACGACAAGUAUCUUAGAGACAUUGUUAUAAGUUUCCUCUUGGCUGGUCGUGAUACGGUGGCCUCAGGGUUGACCAGCUUCUUCUGGCUGUUAUCUCAGCAUCCAGAAGUCGAGUCAGCCAUCCGAGACGAGUUGGAAAGAGUCAUGGGGACGUCGAGUGAUCAACAGUUUGCAAGCUUCAACCAAAUGCAACAAAUGCACUAUUUACACGCCGCUUUGUACGAAAGCUUGAGACUGUUUCCACCAGUCCAAUUUGAUUCAAAGUUUGCUCAAGAAGAUGACAUUUUGCCUGAUGGUACCUUUGUGAGGAAAGGCACCAGGGUAACCUACCACCAAUAUGCAAUGGGUCGGAUGGACUGGGUUUGGGGCUCAGAUUGUCUUGAAUACAAGCCAGAGAGAUGGUUGAAAAAUGGUAGAUAUAUCCCUGAAAACCCAUACAAAUUCCCAGUUUUCCAAGCUGGACAAAGGGUUUGUUUAGGGAAGGAAAUGGCUUUGGUGGAUAUGAAAUGUGUGGUUCUAGCCAUUAUCAGGCGGUACAACAUCCGGGUUGCCGAUCCGAAUCAAGCACCAAGGUUUGCCCCUGGUCUCACCGCCACUGUAAGAGGUGGCUUACCGAUUCUAGUCCAAAAAAGGGGAGCUUAACUUUAGACAUGCAUGCCCACAAUUGUUGGGAAUCAUCUCAUGCAGAGUUAAUUCACAACACGGGCGCAGCUGGUUAGCUUCCAUUAGGGGGUAAAUGCUUAGGUAUAAGCUGGCCCAUCUGAGUUGAGAUUGAAACUACUAAGGGGUAAAUGCUUAGAUAUAAACAUGGGUCAAAGGGAUAUGUUUCUUCCUGUAAAGUUUUCAUCAGAUAUGGGGAUUUUAACAGACAUAUUGUACAUAUCUUAUAUCUAACAUUUUCUUAGUACCAAAGGCUUAAAAUUUUAGUACAAAUGCUUUUCAAGUUUUGACAAUGAGCUUAUU